ACCGGCGGCUGUGGCGGCGGCGGCGACGCGAAGGCUGAGCUGAGGCUGUAGUGGCAGGGAUAGCGACGGCAGCAGCAAUGGCUGGGGCAGGGCCCGCCCCGGGGCUCCCGGGGGCAGGAGGACCCGUGGUCCCGAGCCCUGGCGCUGGGAUCCCGGGAAAGAGCGGCGAGGAACGCUUGAAGGAAAUGGAAGCCGAGAUGGCUCUGUUUGAGCAGGAGGUUCUAGGAGCUCCGAUCACCGGAAUCCCGACGGCUGUGCCCGCCGUGCCUACUGUCCCCACGGUCGAAGCGAUGCAGGUCCCGACAGCGCCAGUGAUCCGCCCCAUUAUCGCGACCAACACAUACCAGCAGGUCCAGCAGACUCUGGAGGCUCGGGCAGCCGCUGCGGCCACAGUGGUUCCUCCCAUGGUGGGCCCCCCUUUUGUGGGCCCAGUUGGCUUCGGCCCUGGUGAUCGGAGUCACCUGGACAGUCCAGAGGCUCGUGAAGCCAUGUUCCUGCGGCGAGCAGCCGUGGCCCCCCAGAGGGCCCCAAUCCUGCGGCCGGCCUUCGUCCCCCAUGUGCUGCAAAGAGCAGAUUCUGCUCUCUCUUCUGCAGCAGGCGGCCCCCGCCCGAUGACCCUGCGGCCACCUCACCAGGCCCUCGUGGGCCCCCCUCUGCCCGGGCCCCCUGGGCCACCCAUGAUGCUCCCACCAAUGGCUCGGGCCCCAGGGCCGCCCCUGGCCUCCAUGGCAGCUCUCAGGCCUCCCCUGGAAGAGCCAGCAGCCUCCCGAGAGCUGGGCCUGGGCCUGGGUCUGGGCCUCAAAGAGAAGGAAGAGGCGGUGGUUGCAGCGGCCGGGCUGGAGGAGGCCAGUGCUGCUGUGGCUGUGGGAGCAGGAGGCACCCCAACUGGCCCUGUGGUCAUUGGACCCAGCCUGCCACUGGCCCUGGCCAUGCCAUUGCCUGAGCCUGAGCCCCUGCCCCUGCCACUAGAGGUAGUCCGUGGCCUGUUGCCCCCCCUACGAAUUCCCGAGCUCCUGUCCCUGCGUCCAAGGCCCCGGCCCCCUCGCCCUGAACCGCCCCCUGGCCUCAUGGCUCUAGAGGUCCCCGAGCCCCUGGGUGAGGACAAGAAGAAAGGGAAGCCAGAGAAGCUGAAGCGCUGCAUCCGCACAGCGGCCGGGAGCAGCUGGGAGGACCCCAGCCUGCUGGAGUGGGAUGCCGAUGACUUCCGGAUCUUCUGUGGGGACCUGGGCAACGAGGUGAAUGAUGACAUCUUGGCACGUGCCUUCAGCCGCUUCCCGUCCUUCCUUAAGGCCAAGGUCAUCCGGGACAAGCGCACAGGCAAGACUAAAGGCUACGGCUUCGUCAGCUUCAAGGACCCCAGUGACUACGUGCGCGCCAUGCGCGAGAUGAAUGGGAAGUAUGUGGGCUCCCGCCCCAUCAAGUUGCGGAAGAGCAUGUGGAAGGACCGGAACCUGGACGUGGUGCGCAAGAAGCAGAAGGAAAAGAAGAAAUUGGGCCUGAGAUAGGGUCCGUGACAAGGCCCCCACUCCCACCUGGCCGGGCGCUGGCUCUUCCCUACACCUCUCUUUUUGGGAACCACCCCCUACCCAACUAUCCACUCACCUGCUCCCCACCCAGUUUCAAUAAAUGUAUGUUCAUUUCCA